AUAUUUGUGAGAGGGCUCCCUCCUUGAUUAGCUAGUGUACUGAGGCGGUAGUGACUACCCUGCGGCUUUGUACUUUUUUGCCUUCGCUCAUCUCUGCCAUUGGAAGGAGAUUGCAUUUUUCUCUUUCUCUCUCUUUUCUCCCCCGCCUCCCCACCCCCACUCGAGCGCCACGACGGACUAAGGUGGGGCAGCAGCAGAGCAGCGGAACUCAAGCAAGCUGCACCUACUUCUCCGAGACUUUUGACUCCCCGGUCGGCAUCAGGAAAAAAGGGAAGGGAAACGCAGCAACCGGAGAAGCUGCGGAAGAGGAGGGGAGAAAGGGAGCGAGGGAGAGGAAGAAAGCAUCUCAACCGUUACGCGGCGGCCGAAGAGAACUCGCGCAUCUGGAGAGCAAAGCGGAGGCAUCGGCUUGCUUUUCCCGACCCAGAGGUGGGGGGCUAGCGGGGGCCUCUUGAAGCGGCUCGUCCGCGCUGCCUCCGCCGUGGCUUGAGUACGCAAUGAAGCCGUGCGCCGCCUCAGGCCCGAGCCUCGGUGGAGGGAGCAGCUGGAUGAAGCUCCGCUGAGAAAGUUUCCUGUUUUUCAUGGUAGGCCUCGCGCUUUCCCUCCACCCCUCCUUCCCUUCUUUCAAAGCUGCUGCUCUGCAGCUAAUAAUACCCAAAGAGAAGCGGGAGGAACCGCUACGCUGAUCGGGACAAAAUGUGGUUCCUUCGACACAGGGCCUCGGGCUGGAGACCAGAGCGCACCGGCGGGCUAGGGAGCACAGCCUAAGAGACUCGCGGGGGCAACCGAGAACGCGCCUCCCUUCCCGUUUUCGACGUUCGCUUUGCUCGCGCGACGAUGUGUAACGGGGGGAGGACAAGGGACAACCCCAGCCAGUCUCCGGCUCUUCUCUGAGAGGGAGAACUCAGGGAGACAAACUCCCCCCAACCCCCUCCCCCCCCCCGGUUCUCCCGAUUUGAUUUCCUGUGGAUUAAGGAGACCCGCCUCUUCAACAUUAUGUCGACGGGAGAAAGCUUUGAGUCCCGGUUUGAAAAAAUCGGGAUGAUGAUAAAAGACCCCAAAUCUGAGGUGAAUUCGGACUGCUUACUGGAUGGAUUAGAUGCCUUGGUAUACGAUUUGGAUUUUCCUGCUUUGAGGAAAAAUAAAAACAUUGACACCUUUUUAACCAAAUACAAAGACACAAUAAAUAAAGUAAGAGAUCUCCGUAUGAAAGCUGAAGAUUAUGAAGUAGUAAAAGUGAUUGGUAGAGGAGCAUUUGGAGAAGUUCAGUUGGUAAGACACAAGGCAUCAAGAAAGGUCUAUGCCAUGAAACUUCUCAGCAAAUUUGAGAUGAUAAAAAGAUCAGAUUCUGCAUUCUUUUGGGAAGAAAGAGAUAUAAUGGCAUUUGCAAAUAGGCCUUGGGUUGUUCAGUUGUUUUAUGCAUUCCAAGAUGAUCGUUACCUUUAUAUGGUGAUGGAAUAUAUGCCUGGUGGGGAUCUGGUAAAUUUAAUGAGCAACUACGAUGUCCCUGAAAAAUGGGCAAGAUUUUAUACAGCAGAAGUUGUUCUUGCAUUAGAUGCUAUUCACUCCAUGGGUUUUAUUCACAGAGAUGUAAAGCCUGAUAAUAUGCUGCUGGACAAAUCUGGUCAUUUAAAACUAGCAGAUUUUGGUACCUGUAUGAAAAUGAAUAAGGAAGGUAUGGUACGAUGCGAUACAGCUGUUGGAACUCCAGAUUAUAUAUCCCCAGAAGUUUUAAAAUCACAGGGUGGUGAUGGUUAUUAUGGACGAGAAUGUGACUGGUGGUCAGUUGGUGUUUUUUUGUAUGAAAUGCUUGUGGGGGAUACACCUUUUUAUGCAGAUUCUUUGGUUGGAACAUAUAGUAAAAUUAUGAACCAUAAGAAUUCUCUUAGUUUCCCUGAUGAUAAUGAUAUUUCUAAAGAUGCAAAAAAUCUUAUUUGUGGCUUUCUAACAGACAGGGAGGUUAGAUUAGGAAGAAAUGGUGUGGAAGAAAUCAAGCGACAUCCAUUUUUCAAAAAUGAUCAGUGGUCUUGGGAAAACCUUAGAGACACUGUAGCACCUGUUGUGCCUGAUUUAAGUAGUGAUAUUGACACUAGUAACUUUGAUGAUCUGGAGGAAGACAAAGGUGAAGAAGAAACAUUUCCUAUACCAAAAGCUUUCGUUGGCAACCAGCUACCUUUUGUAGGAUUUACAUAUUAUAGUAAUCAUCAGUAUUUAUCCACCUGCACAGCUAAUUCGAAUGACAACAGAACAAGCACCAACAUAGAUAAAAACGUGCUAGAAUCUUUACAAAAAAAUAUUUAUCAACUUGAAGAACAGCUACAUAAUGAAAUGCAGCUAAAAGAUGAAAUGGAACAAAAAUUCAGGACAUCAAAUAUUAAACUAGACAAGAUAAUGAAGGAACUAGAUGAAGAGGGAAAUCAGAGAAAAAAUUUGGAAUCAACAGUUACUCAAGUAGAGAAGGAAAAGAUGCUCUUGCAACAUAGAAUUAGUGAAUAUCAAAGAAAAGCUGAACAGGAGAAUGAAAAACGUCGAAAUGCAGAAAAUGAAGUGUCAACAUUAAAAGAUCAGCUGGAAGAUUUAAAAAAAAUUAGUCAACAUUCACAUAUUACAAAUGAAAAAAUUACACAAUUGCAAAAGCAACUUGAAGAAGCCAAUGAUUUGCUGAGAACAGAGUCAGAUACUGCAGCAAGACUAAGGAAAAGUCAUACAGAAGUGAGCAAGUCAAUAAGUCAAUUUGAAUCAUUAAAUAGGGAGUUGCAGGAGAGAUGCAGAAUUCUGGAAAACACAAAAUUACAGGUAGAAAAGGAUUAUUUCCAGCUACAAGGAGCACUGGAAGUAGAACGAAGAGAUAGGAGUCAUGGAUCAGAAAUUAUUGGAGAGCUACAAGCUCGGAUUACAUCUUUACAAGAAGAAAUCAAAGGUGUGAAAAACAAUCUUGAGCGAGUGGAAGAAGAAAGAAAAAAGGCCCAAGACAUGCUUAAUCAUUCUGAAAAGGAGAAGAAUAACUUAGAAAUAGAUCUAAACUACAAACUUAAAAUGGUACAACAACGUUUAGAACAAGAAAUAAAUGAACAUAACAUAAACAAAGCUCAGUUAACUGACAAGCAUCAGUCAAUAGAAGAGGCCAAAUCUGUUGCUAUGUAUGAAAUUGAAAAAAAGGUAAAGGAAGAACGAGCAGCAAGAGAGAAGGCAGAAAAUAGAAUAGUUCAGAUUGAAAAACAAUGUUCCAUGUUAGACUUUGAUUUGAAGCAAUCACAACAGAAGAUUGAGCACCUUACUGAACAGAAAGAGAGACUGGAAGAUGAGGUUAAGAAUCUGACACAUCAAUUGGAACACGAGAUAAAUAAAAGAGUGAUGACACAAAAUGAACUGAAGAUGCAUGCUAUAGAAGCAGAUAGUUUAAAGAGUUCUGAGAAACAGCUAAAACAGGAAAUCAAUGCAUUGUUAGAAGCAAAAAGAUUAGCAGAAUUUGAGUUGGCUCAGCUGGCUAAGCAAUACAGAGGGAAUGAAGGCCAAAUGCGUGAACUACAAGAUCAGCUAGAAGCAGAACAAUAUUUUUCUACACUUUAUAAAACUCAAGUUAAAGAACUUAAAGAAGAAAUUGAAGAAAAAAAUAAAGAAACACAGAAAAAAAUACAGGAGCUGCUAAAUGAAAAAGAAGCUGUUGUUACACAGUUAGAUCUGGCUGAAACAAAAGCUGAAUCUGAACAAUUAGCCCGAGCUCUCCUUGAAGAACAAUAUUUUGAACUAACACAAGAGAGUAAGAAAGCAGCAUCACGAAACAGACUAGAGAUUACUGAUAAGGACAACAUUGUCAGUCGGCUUGAAGAAACAAAUAAUACAUUAACCAAAGAUGUGGCCUUUCUAACAAAGGAGAAUUCUGACCUAAAUGGAAAUAUUAAAAAACUUGAAGAAGAGUAUAUAUUGAAAAAAGAAGAGGAAUUGAACAUAAUUAGAACACAGUAUGAAAAAAACUUGAGCAAUGAAAGGACACUUAAAACACAGGCUGUCAACAAAUUGGCUGAGAUUAUGAAUCGAAAAGAUUUUAAACUAGAUAGGAAGAAAGUAAAUAUGCAAGAUUUCAAGAAAAAGGAGAAGGAAAACCGAAAGUUGCAGUUGGAACUUAACCAGGAAAAGGAGAAAUUUAAUCAGAUGGUAACAAAAUAUCAAAAGGAGCUUAAUGAAAUGCAAGCGCAACUGGUGGAAGAGUCCACAUACAGGAAUGAACUUCAGAUGCAGCUGGACAGUAAAGAAAGUGAUAUAGAACAAUUGCGUAGUAAAAUUUUAGACUUGCAGCAGGGCAUGGACUCUACUAGUGUUGCCAGCCUUCAGGCUGAUGAAACAGAUGGAAGUGUUACAGAAUCAAGAAUAGAGGGCUGGCUUUCAAUACCAAACAAAGGGAAUAUUAAACGUUAUGGAUGGAAGAAGCAGUAUGUUGUGGUCAGCAGCAGGAAGAUUCUAUUCUAUAAUGAUGAACAGGAUAAAGAACAAUCUAAUCCAUCUAUGGUAUUGGAUAUAGAUAAAUUGUUCCACGUUAGACCAGUUACACAGGGUGAUGUUUAUAGAGCAGAAACUCAGGAAAUACCCAAAAUAUUUCAGAUCUUAUAUGCCAACGAGGGAGAGUGUAGAAAAGACUUGGAAGUAGAAUCAGUACAGCCAGCAGAGAAGACAAAUUUUAUGCAUCAUAAAGGGCAUGAAUUUGUACCAACUUUAUACCAUUUUCCAGCCAAUUGUGAGGCUUGUGCCAAGCCUCUAUGGCACGUAUUUAAACCACCCCCUGCAGUUGAAUGUCGGCGAUGCCAUGUUAAAUGCCACAAAGAUCACUUGGAUAAAAAAGAAGAAUUAAUAGCACCAUGUAAAGUAAGUUACGACGUAACUUCAGCAAGAGACAUGUUGCUGUUGGCAUCCUGUCAGGAAGAUCAGAAGAAAUGGGUUUCUCAUUUAAUAAAGAAGCUCCCCAAAACACCACCAUCUAGUUUUGUUCGUGCUUCACCGAGGACUCUUUCCACAAGAUCUACAGCAAAUCAGUCAUUCAGAAAAGUUAAAAAUACUUCUGCAAAAGCUAG